AUGACGCCCGCCACACCAGCCACCACCUCUGCCAUUCCUACAACACCCACAGCCACCAAAGGAUACAGCACAGCAACUGCAACGGAGCAACCUCAACGCAGGUCUUUGCGCCUUACACCACAGUCCACAGCAACAUCAGCUGCGCAACAACAGGGCUCGAGACGUAGGACUCCGCCGCAAGGGACAAACCUCGAGUCUGGAACUGGACAUAAGUCUGGAUCAUCUUCUAAGCAGCCAAGAGCUUCCCAGCGCAGAUCACCAAGAUUCACCCCACCAGCUAGGCAAGGCCAACGGGUACCACUAAUGUCAGCUGGGCAACCCCUCACACCUCAAGUCAAGAAGGCAACGUACCCUGCCAAAUUGCCACAACCUGACUUGGAGAGCAGAGGGAGACAUCAUGCACACUCCCCACCAGUUCGGGGGUCUCCUACAAAAUCCGUUCGAACAAGAUAUCCAGUUGAGUUGGUGCUGAGGUAUGAAGCAGAUAGGAAAGAGGUGCGGGGUUCUUCGACUUCUGGACGACCUUCUGGUGCAGCAGUUGCUGCGACGUACCCUUCAAGACUAGCACAGGAUCGGAAGUCUCCUGCAGCCGGCAGGUACACAGAUGCACCUACUGGACAAGAAGUGGCGCCCUCAACGGAACGGGAGAGAUACCCUGCAAGGCUUCCACACCACCACAGUUCCUCUGCGACCAGCCGAUACAGCCAUUCACCAACCCGCCAAGAAGUGGCCUCUGCAACAGAACAGGAGAGGUACGCUGCCAUGUUGCCACCGUACACCAGGACAACGAGACCAUCUGAAACCAGAGAUGGUGGCAAUAUUACGCAGUCUCCAGAGAUUGCUUCAAGAUUAAGAAGGAGCUCAAGAAGGAGUUUAGACCCAGAGAAAAGAGACAGAAGUAGAGAGGAGUCUUCCUUAGGAGCUGACGUGGAGGACUCUUAUGACAGGAGUUUCAUGAGGAGAAAGGUUGCCAGGAGACGGCGAGUCGCCUUUGAGGAUGAGCGAAGCCAGAGGUUUCCUGCAGAAGAUACUGAUGAUGAACAUUCAUCUCAAAGGUUUAGGUUCAGCAGAGUGAGUGAUGAGGAAAAUGACAUUGCAGACCUACCCUACAGCCAUCACAGUCGUCUAACUAGGAAUAACAGACCAGUGAGAGUGGAUCAGUCAAGGACUGACUCAGAAGAAGAAGAAGAGGAAGAGGGUCAUUCUUACGAUCUCAGGGCUAGGCAGAAGACUGGACUUGUGAAGAAAGUGAAGGGACAGGAUGAUAAAGGACCCAUGCAACGUAGUGUGCUGCUUCCGAGGUCCCUUCCCCAGAGACGGGAACCACUCAAGGUGCGCUUUGAGGACGCCAUGAACCGAGACGCCAAGGGUCUCCUGGGUAAGGUGCGGCGCAAGCUAGCAGAGGAGGCCAGCCAGCAGUCCAAGAUGAAGAGCGUGCUUCAGCACACGUACGCGGGCAGCCUGCAUGAGGUCAAGAGAGGGGUCAAACAGCAGGUCACUCGCCGCAAGAGGGUCACCAAACAGCUGGAUGAAGACUACAAAGCCAUCCACGGCAAGCCAAAGACCACACAAUACAAACCAGCCAAGAAGUACUCUGCACCAGUCUCAGCCGCAGAGGGCAGCAGACGAUCCUCAAGGUCCUCAAAGCGCACUCUACCUUCCAAGCGCAAGCGAGCAGCAUCUGUCAGCCCGACUCGCUCCAUGCUUGGGGUAGAUCGUCCAUUGAGGAUUGGUGACGAUGACCUACUACCGACCUUGAUGCAUGAGUUCCCGUUCCUCCACGUCUCGCCUCACACUGCACAGAGGAUGUGGGCUCAGCAGAUGAAACACAUGGAGCAUCUCACCAAGGCAGCCAUCUCACAGAAAUACAAGAAACCAAAGACACAAUCCAAGAUUGAAGAGGCAGAGAGGAAACAGGAAAUCCUUGUCAAUAUCAUGAAGAAAGAACUUUCCCAUAACCAAAGACUGCGAGAUAUCAAAGAGAGGCGCAACCAAGAGAGGGCGCUGCAGACCAAAGCCAAGGAACAGAGGCAGGUCAAUGCAAGGGCUAAACGAUACUACGACGAAUAUCGUGUGAGGGCGAGAUCCAGAGGGUUGAAAAGAAAGACCAAAGAGGAACAGAUAUUCAAGCACCUCUUUGAGGAAGGGAUGGCCAUACAGAAGAUGAGAAUUAGAGAGCUUCGGGAGUACGCCAAGGAGAAACGAGAGGAUUAUACGAAACAGCAGCAGAACGAGGUGGAGUCUCUAGAGAACUACUACCGAGAUCAGUUCAACGUGCUUGCCGAGACGAUAGCCACGGAACGUCAUGACCUCAACGUCAGAGACAAGGCACAGGCAAAUGCCAUGCAACGCAUCAAGGCGGACGUGAGGAGGAAGAUGGAGAAAGAGAUCAGAGAAUACCAGGAGCAGCUCUACCGAGACGAGGAUGCAGAGUACUUCCGGCAGCUGGAGGCCGAUAGGAUGAAACAUGAGCUGCAGAUGGCUAAAUACAAGGCUCAGCUGUGAUGGUCACUUGCAUACUAGUAACCUUGCAAUCUACAUUUAAAUGAUCAGAACACUUCUUCAUGGUGUAUAGUCACCCACUUUUUUCCAUGAAACGUUUUAGUGAAAAACCCGUCUUACAAAGAGUUACGAUAGAUCCCAAUCAAUCACAAGUCCUCCAAUCAAUCGCAAGUUUGCAGUGUCCUAUCUCUCAUGUACAUAGUUACGAUUGAUAUCA